UAUAUGCACACAACAAAUGAAUGCAUAUCCACAUUUUUGUUUGCAUCUUCUUGCCUAUCUCACUACUCAACUGGCCUUCUCUCUUUAUUUUGGAUGAUCAAGAGGACUUAAAACUUAAAAGGGGUUGGUUCCUGAGAUAGUUCAAGUUCAAAUCAAAGUGUUCUCAGCUUUAAGCUUCAAGAUGGAAUCAAAAGCUGACAGUGAUGAAAAUCGCGAUUUGGGUUAUCAGGAAUCCCCAGCUUCAGUUGAUCAAAGUGAUGAUUCACCUACAGAAACUGCUGUUUAUUCAGCAAUCAGAGCAGAUUCUUUCUGGUACAGGAGAACAUACUCUGAAAUCUCUGCAUUUUCGGAGUUUACAGAUGACAACAGCUAUUCGGACUCGCCAUCUCCACUAUGCUGGCCAGCUAUGAAAUCACCUAACCAGCCUGUACUCAGAAGACUAGGAAUGCGACAAAACAAACUUGGCAUGGAUGAUACUCUUGAGAAUCAGGAGCCAGUAGAUAAAGAAGUUGAAAUGAUGAAGGAAAGAUUUUCAAAGCUCUUGUUGGGUGAGGACAUGUCAGGAAGUGGUAAAGGAGUUUGCACAGCAGUCACAUUGUCUAAUGCUAUAACAAAUCUUUAUGCUUCUGUAUAUGGCCAGCACCUAAAAUUGGAGCCACUUCAUUCAGAGAAGAAAUUGAUGUGGAAAAGAGAGAUGAAUUGCCUUUUAUCUGUAUGUGAUUACAUUGUAGAGUUUAUCCCAGCAUCACAAAAUUUGAAAGAUGGAACAGUUGUUGAGAUUAUGACCAAUACACCACGAUCCGAUAUUAACAUCAACCUUCCAGCAUUGAGAAAACUUGAUGCAAUGUUAAUUGAGGUUCUUGAAAGUUUUACAGAUACAGAAUUUUGGUAUGCAGAACAAGGUAGUAUUUCAGGGAAUUCAGUGCGCUCAGGAUCAUUCAGGAGGAUCAUUCCUCAGCCUCAGCGUAAAGAGGGAAAGUGGUGGCUGCCAGUUCCUUGUGUGCCCCCGCGUGGUCUUUCUGAAAAGUCAAGAAAGCAUUUAAGACACCAACGCAAUUCUGCCAAUCAGAUCCUCAAAGCAGCGAUGGCGAUCAACAGUAGCAUUCUUGCUGAAAUGGAUAUACCAAAUACUUACAUGUCAUCUCUUCCCAAGAGUGGUAAAGAAAGUGUUGGAGAUACGAUAUACCGAUAUCUGUCCCAAUGUUCCACAAACAAGUUCUCUCCAGAUUAUCUUCUCAACCACUUAAACAUCAGUUCUGAGCAUGAGGCACUUGAGCUAGCGGACAGGGUGGAGGCAUCCAUGUAUACAUGGAGACGCAAAGCAUGCUUAAAUCCUUCUAAAUCAUCAUGGAACAUGGUUAAAGAUCUAAUGUCUGACAUUGACCGAAAUGAUAAAAACACAGUCCUGGCUGAAAGAGCUGAGAUUGUGUUGUUUACCUUGAAGCAAAGAUAUCCUGAACUGUCACAGACAACAUUGGACACCAGCAAAAUAGAAUACAACAAGGACGUAGGGCAAGCAAUUCUGGAGAGUUAUUCAAGAGUCUUGGAAGGUUUAGCAUUCAAUAUUGUUGCUUGGGUCGAAGAUGUAUUGUUCAUAGAUAAAUCUACGAAGAACGAUUUCAUGGAGCCUAGAUAAGCUAUGUUCUCUGAUUAUUCAUUUUGUCUAAAGUACCCGUGUUACCUGUGUUGGACUCCGACACUCGACGUGGAUGUGGAACCUCCGACACUUAUUUUAGACCAAAAACAUGUAAAAUUUUCAGAAUAUUAUCGAGUCUAACAUUGGUA